AUGAACUGUUUAUCUGUUGAUAUUGAUACUCAUUUUCCAGUUGCUGGUUGUUUACCAAAACAACCAACUGGUGCAUUACAUUUAUUAACAAAACAUCCUCAAUAUGAUGGACGUGAAGUAAUUAUUGCUGUUAUUGAUACAGGAAUUGAUCCAUUAGCAAAUGGUCUUCAAAAAACAAGUACAGGAAAAGAAAAAAUAAUUGAUUUACGUGAUAGUACAGGUAGUGGUGAUGUUGAUAUUUCAACAAUUGUUAAAAUAAUGUCGAAUAAUAAUCAAGAAGAUCGAUUAAUACAAGGUUUGUCAGGAAGAAAAUUAAAAAUUCCAUCACAUUGGAAAAAUCCAUCAGGAAAUUAUCAUAUUGGAAUCAAAUCAUUAAAACAAUUAAUGCCAAGUUCUGCUUUUGAAAGACUUUCAAAAGAACGUCGUGAAAAAAUGUUUGAUCCUGAACAUCGUCUUGCUUUAGCUGAAGCUCAACAUCGUCUUGAUGAACAUAUUAAUAAAUAUUUAUCACCUAAUGAUGAACAAAAAUUAAUACGAGAAGAAUUUCAAUCAUUUGUUGAUGCUUUAAAAGAAGUAGAAAAGAAAUAUAAUGAUCCUGGUCCAUUUCUUGAUUGUAUUGUUUGGAAUGAUGGAGAUAAAUGGAUUGCAUGUAUUGAUACAAGUGAACAAGGAGAAUUAGAUCAAUGCAAAUGUUUAACAAAUUAUAUUGAUUAUCAUGAAUUUGCAACAUUUAGUGCAAUAGAUAUGGUCACUUAUUCAGUUCAAAUUCAUAAUGAAAUAAAUAUUCUUGAAAUUGUUGUUGCUGGAGGAUCUCAUGGAACUCAUGUUGGUGCUAUUUGUGCUGCAUAUUUUGAAGAAUCAUGUGAAGAAAAUGGUAUUGCACCUGGUGCACAACUUUUAUCAAUUAAUGUUGGUGAUCAUCGUUUAUCAACAAUGGAAACAAUUCCAUCUUUAGUUCGAGCUAUAAAAUAUUGUAUUGAUUAUAAAGUUGAUAUAAUAAAUAUGAGUUAUGGUGAAGAUUGUCAUAUUCCUAAUUCUGGACGAGCUCAAGAAUUAUUCAAUGAAGCUGUUGAAAAACAUGGAAUAAUAUUUGUUUCAUCAGCUGGUAAUAAUGGUCCAGCAUUAAGUACAAAUGGUGCACCUGGUGCAACAUGUACAAAUCUUAUUGGUGUUGGUGGUUAUGUAACACCUGAAAUGCAAUUAGCUGAAUAUGCAUUAAGAGAAUCUACAGGUUGUACAACACCAUUUACUUGGUCAUCACGUGGUCCAUGUACGGAUGGAUGGUUAGGAGUUUGUAUUAGUGCACCUGGUGCUGCUAUUACAAGUGUUCCUCAAUUUAAUUUAUGUCAACGACAAUUAAUGAAUGGAACAUCAAUGGCAUCACCAAAUGCUGCUGGUUGUGUUGCUCUUUUAUUAAGUGCAUUAAAACAAGAAGAAAUCGAAUAUAGUCCAUCAUUAAUUCGUCUUUCAUUAAUGAAUACAGCACAAAAAUUAGAUGAUGAAUUUUCUGUUGGUGCUGGUCUUAUACAAAUUCAUAAAGCUUUAGAUUAUAUUCGUUCAUUAACUAAACCUUCAUUAAUAUCAAAAAUUCAAUUAGAUAUAACAGGUGGUCAAGGACGUGGAAUUUAUUUAAGAGAAUUUGAUCAAGUUCAAACAAGUUCUGGUGAUAUACGUUUAACUAUUAAAUCAAAAUAUUUACAAAAAAAAACUAAUCAAUUAGUUACUUAUGGAGAUCAAGAAGUAAAAAUAAAAUUUGCUUGUCGUUUAUCAUUAAUAUGUGAUCCACCAGUUAGUUAUGUUCAACAUGGAAAAUUUCUUGAUUUAGCUUAUAAUGAUCGAACAUUUGAUAUAAGAAUUGAUCCAUCACAUUUAAAAGAAGAUCAAGCUCAUUUUACAGAAUUACAAGCAUUUGAUACUAAUCAAAUUAAUGCAGGACCAUUAGCUCGUUUUCCAGUAACAAUUAUAAAACCAAUAAGUGUAAAUUCACAAACCCAUUCUCUUGAAUUUAAUAAUCAAACAUUUAAAGCUGGUCAAAUUCGUCGUCAUUUUCUUCAAGUUCCAUCUGGUUCAAAUAUAGCUGCUUUUAAAAUAACAAAUCAUUCGUCUGAUAUAUCUGCUCAAAUAAAUUUACAUUUUAUUCAAUUAGAACCAGGUCGUUCAUUUCGUUUAACAGAAUUUGAAAAAUUAAUUCGUUUAUCACCUCAUUCAACAUUUCAAUGUUAUUUUAAUGUUCAAGAUAAACGAACAUUAGAAUUAUGUUUAGCACGAUGGUGGUCAAGUUUAUCUAUUAUUGAUACAAGUUAUUCAAUUGAAUUUCAUUCAAUACUUAUAACACCUUCAUUUUCAAUUCAUUUACGUAGUAGUCAAUCUUAUGAAAGAUUUAUUUUAGAAAAUCGUUUAAAUAAUACUUAUGAAGAUAUUAAUGGUUUACCUAUUGUUAAUUGGAAAUAUUUAGUACAAACAUUAAGACCAAAUAAAGAUGAAAGUAAAAUACAAGUUUUAUCUAAAAGAGAUUGUUUAACUGAACAAAGACAAAUUUAUCAAUUAAUUUUAACUUAUAAUUUUACAUUAUUGAAACCUUCAGAAAUUCAAGUAAAAUGUCCAUAUUUACAUGAAUUUCUUUAUGAUAAUGAAUAUGAAGCUGCAUUAUGGAUGUGUUUUGAUAGCAAUAAACAAUAUUUAGGUGCAGGAGAUGUUAUGAAAAAUUAUUCAGUAAAAUUAGAAAAAGGUGAUUUUGUUAUUCGAAUGCAAAUUCGACAUGAUAAAUAUGAUUUAUUAGAACGUUUAUUAAAAGACAAUGGUGGAACUGGUUUAGCUUUACAUAUGGAACAUAAAGUAAAUGGAUUACCAGCACCAGAUUUUUAUCAUUCAUUAGAUAGUUUACAUACACAAAAGAAAAAAAUUCAAGCAUCAACUAUUAAAUUACAAUGGGGACAUCAAAUGCCAAUUUAUAUGACUACUGUACCAGAAGACAAACUUCCGAAAAUAAUUAAUUCAACCGCAGGAACAUUUCUUUUUGGAACAAUGACAUUUCCCAAGAAUGAAAAAAUGAAAAAAUUGGAAAUGAAUACUAUUUAUCAAUAUUUUGCUGAACCUAUCUCAUCAUCUUCAUCAAGUUCUUCGAAAAAAUCUUCAUCAAGUAGUACUAGUAAUACUAAUAAAAAACAAGUAAAUCCAUCUGUGACAACAACUGAUGAAGGAACAUCGAAUAGUUCAUCACAGAAAGAUCAACAAUAUCAAGAAGCAUUACGAGAUUUAAAAAUCUCUUGGAUUCCGAAAUUAACUGAUGAUCAAAGUAAAUUAUAUGAAGAAUUAAUAUCUGAACAACAAGAUUUAAAUAAUCAUAUUCCAUUACACAUUGCUCGUCUUCAACAACUUGAAAAUCAAUUAAAACAACAACAAUCUUAUUUAACAAAUGAGAAAAAAGAUGAAAAAUUAAAUGAAAUUAUUAAAUUUAUUCAAGAUAAACUUUUAUCUUUAAUUGAUGAAGAUCUUAUUUUAAAAUUUUAUGGUCAAAAAAAUUCAUCAUCAAAUGAGAAAGAAAUUCAACUUAUUAAAAAUGAUAUGGAAAAACGUCGAAAUUGGUUAAUUGAUAUAUAUGUAUCAUUAGGAAUAUCUUUAUGUGAUUUAUCAACAAUCAAUGAUGAUACAUUAACUCAUUUAACAAAUAUUUAUAAAAAUUUACAAAAACAUAUUGAUAUUAAUGAUGGAAAAUUAACAAAUUUUCUUUAUAAAUAUAAUUUAAUUAAAAAAUCUUAUGGUCGUUUAUGGAAAUUACUUUUAAAACAAAUCGAAGAAAAAUCUUCAUCACAACAACAAGAAUAUGAUAAUAAAUUACUUCAACUUUAUCAAACAAUGAAUAUGAAAUAUUUAGUUACAUAUCAAGAACGUUUAAUUAUUGCCAAAUAUCCUCAAACUUAUGUUCUAUUUUAG